CGGGGGGCGCCACAGCCAGCAGAAGCCGCGACCCAUUGCCAGCGCGCCUCACCUGGAAACCCCAGGGAAGGGCGGAGUUCCCAGAAAACGGAACGGGCCAGGAGGAAAGGUGAAAUCGCGGAGUUAUCAUGCCCAGAGUCUUUCUGGUGAAGAGGAGGAACCCGCUGCCGGCCAGUCGCAGCUGGGACGAGCUGCCCGACGAAGAGAGAGCCGAUACUUAUGUCCCAGGAGAGGUGAAGCAUGUCCUGCUCAACUAUCGCAAUGAAGAUAGCUGCAGCUUAGAGAGCAGCAGUAGCAGCAGCAGCAGCAGCAGGGACACAGAGGCUGCCAACACCUCGGCCCCUGAAUCCACACCAGAGGAGGCACUUCUGGACUCGGCAGUGAACCGCCCCACAGUCAGAUCCAAAAUCAAGUUCACGACUGGCAUUUGUGGCGAGGCCUUGUUGUACAAUUGUGAGCUAUGUGGCAAAGGAUUUCGCCUGCAGCGCAUGCUGAACCGCCACACCAAGUGUCACAGUCAAGUGAAGAGGCACUUGUGCACCUUCUGUGGGAAAGGAUUCAAUGAUACUUUUGAUCUGAAAAGACACGUAAGGACACAUACAGGAAUCCGCCCAUACAAAUGUGAGAUCUGCAACAAAGCCUUUACCCAGCGUUGUUCCCUGGAAUCACACCUUAAAAAGAUCCACGGAGUGCAGCAACAAUAUGCUUACAAACAACGAAGAGAUAAACUGUAUGUCUGUGAAGAUUGUGGCUACACAGGCCCAACUCAAGAGGACUUGUACAUGCACAUCAGUAAUAUUCAUCCUGGAAGCGCUCUUCUGAAGAAAACAUCCAAAAAACUUGCAGCUGUUUUGCAAAACAAACCAAUCUCUCCGAUGGAGAUGAGCCCAGAAGAGACUGAGGAGCAACAGUAAUACUGCACUGCAUUGUAGUGGCCAAAUGAGUUGGAAGUUUACAAUUGUCUGAAGUCGGGUUGCCAAGUGUCAUGGUCUGACAAAACGUUUCAGGGUUUUAGUGGCCCUGUUGAAAUCUCUAGGGGAAGGGAAGACUGAAAUCCCUUGGGCAGGCAGGCAGGCAAGCUAGCAUCUGUUUGGCUUGAGUUUUUAACUAUUCUCACUGUUAGUACACACAGGCCCAUUAGAUCAGAUUCUUCCCUUGACCUGUCUGGUGCUGCCUUCAGCCUACAUCUGAUGUCACCAAACUCUGCUCGUACCCUUGCAGGAUUUACCUACUGAGCUGCAAAGUGCCAUCCUUUAAGCUCCCUAUUCUCUGAACUCUAGGAGACAGGGCAACCCUGACCAGAACUGAAUUCAAAAGGAAGACAGCACUCAACCUGGUCUGAUCAAACUGUCUAGGUACUUAAUUUCUGAACGUGAAUAAAAUCUCCCCAGUAUGGGGCGAACAUAGUGCAGUACAUAGCAUAAUCUGAAUUGUGCUUGGUUCUCUCUCAGCCUUUGUACAGACAUCUAAUGCGUGCCUUUGAUAAAGAAAGAGUAACCCACGGCUAUAACAUAUUUGACCAAAAUAACUGUAUUUAAUUUGAAUACAGGUAACUGGCUUAGAAUUCAAAUAAAAUAUAUUUUGUCAAUAACACAAUGACCAUCAUUUGUAU